AAGCCCAUAUUGCUGUUUAGCUUAGACAAGAAGCGAAUAGAUACCAAAUUUGAAACCCAAAAAUUCCGAUUGAUUAUUAUGCCGUCACACGGCACUAAAUCCUAGCGAACUAUUUAUCCGGCCAAAUUGAACUCCAGGUUGCUGAAAAGUUGUAUAACAUGGGUGAUGCAAUUGAUUUAACUGGAGAUGGAGGUGUUAUGAAAAAAAUUGUUCGACGGUCCAAACCUGAUGCUAUUGCUCCCUCAGAGGGUCUUCCUCUUGUUGAUGUUCAUUAUGAAGGCACUCUUGCUGAUACUGGUGAAGUAUUUGAUACUACCCGUGAAGACAAUACAAUCUUCUCCUUUGAGAUAGGCACUGGUUCUGUUAUUAAGGCUUGGGAUGUUGCCCUGAGGACCAUGAAGGUUGGGGAACUAGCUGUAAUUACCUGCAAGCCAGAAUAUGCCUAUGGAAGUGCUGGAUCCCCACCGGAUAUUCCCCCCGAGGCAACCCUUGUUUUCGAAGUGGAGCUGGUGGCUUGUAGACCACGUAAAGGUUCUAGCAUCAGCAGUGUUUCAGACGAAAGGGCUAGGCUGGAGGAGCUAAAGAAGCAACGAGAAAUAGCAGCUGCAGCCAAGGAGGAAGAAAAAAAGAAGAGAGAAGAAGCUAAGGCCGCAGCAGCUGCUCGUAUCCAAGCCAAACUUGAAGCAAAGAAAGGAAAAGGAAAGGGCAAAGCAAAGUAAAAUCGGCAUGUAUUAUACUCCGUAAUAUACUACUACUAGUAGCAUAUACUGGUAGACAAACUAGGAAUACCUGAUGGUGUUAAAUAUGCUAAUUCGUAUGCUUUGUCAUUUGCUUGAUAUUUCUGUGCUUUCGAAUUGUUAAAAGUUUUGACAUUUUGCCAUACUUUAUGCUGGAAGUGUAGCUCAUAAAUCUUUUUAAGCGUUUGUACAGAGCACAUUUUAAGCAAAUUACUGAUAUUUUAAAGGCUCUUAAAUCA